GCGUGUUACUAUCGUUGUCGCGUCAGUCUGUAACCGAGCACUAGUAAGAAGACUUGGGGAAGAGUUUUCGAUAUUUUUUAAACACGUCGAUAAUCUUCAUGCAUGUAAAUAUAAAGAAAACAAUAUUUCGUUGGUUGUUACAUUUUGAGUGACUUUAGCUCAUGUAAUUCUGAACAGAAAAAGUAAUUGCGUCUACUUAAUAAAAGUAGCUCUCAAUUCGAAGCAUCUCGGCUCUCAACUUUCUCUCGAGCGUGCUCUUUCAAUUUGCCGGCAUGUCGCAACAUAUGUGGUCUAUGAAAGACACAUUUGAAUUAAUUAAACGCUAUAAGGCAAGUAUGUUGUGGGAUUCAAAUCACUUGCAUUAUAGAGAUAAAACAUUAAGAAGCAAAAUGAUCAACAAUAUCGCAUCAGCUAUGAACGUCUCGCCAAAGGAGGUUGUUAGAAAGUUGCACAAUUUGAGGUGUCAGUUAAGUGAACAAAUAAGGAAAUCAAAAAGUUAUGUGGGAUUUAAAGGCAAAAUUCAUACCAGUAACUGGUGCUAUUUUUCAGCAAUGAAAUUUUUACUACCAGCUAUAAAUAACGCACAUAGAAUUAAAAAACUAAUGGAAGAAGCAGAUUCUGAAGAAAAGAAUACAGAAGAACAUGGAAAUUUGGAGGAAGUAGAGGAAAAAUAUGAGACAAUUCCUGCAAAAUUUUUAAGCGAUACCUAUAAUGAGGAAUUGAAACAUUCGUUGAUGUUUUUACCUAAAAUACCAGAGGAAGAAAGGAAUGCAAUGGAAUUUGACGGGUUAAAAGAAACAUAUGAGAAGAAGAGUCAUGACAAAUAUGUAAAUUUCGGCUACAAUGAAGAACUGACACAUUCACUGCGAAUCGUACCGAAGAACGAUGAUGAUAGGUUCGGCGAAUAUGUGGCGUUAGAAUUACGUGGUUUGCGUUCUGAUAUGAAUAAGAGAAGAUUAAAGAGCGAGAUUAGAAAAGCAAUAUGCCGCAUUGUCGAUUUCGACGAAGCCAACAUUUUAGCCUCGAACGUGCAAUCUGAACAUUUAUUCCCGAACGUGCAGUCUGAACCUUUAUUCCCGAACGUGCAAUCUGAACCUUUAUUCCAAUAUACACCGUCUUCCCCAAAAUGUUCACAGAUAUGCGAGAUAACUAAUGUUAAAUCCGAAAAUGCAUAAAUAAUGCAAGUAGAAUAAUUAAAGAUUCGAGACUUCACUAAUUUAUAGGCUUAAUUGCAAUUUGUAAGUAAAAAAUUUUGUAUCUAAUUUAUGCGGGUGUGUAGUUUCUAUGAAUAAGUUCACGUGGAAUAUUGUAAAAAAUGAUUUGAAUCAUACACAUCAUCAAUAUGCACAUCGUGUGUAUGUGUACACACACACACACACACACACACACUAUGUUCAACAUAUAUUUAUUAUAAAAUAUCGUACAUAUAUCGCUAUAUCGUACAUUAUCUUACCGUAAUAUUUUAUUAACCUUUCUACAAAUGGCGUGUUUUACAUGGUCGUUAGUUAACGAUAAUAUUGAUCAACGUUCACAGCAUCGUCGAUACGCAAACGCGGUUCGAUUAAGCGUUAACGUAGACGCUUUUGAAGCGAGAUCAAAUAUCCCUAAGAUAUAGCGCGUGUGUAAAGAGACUAUAAGAUGUUAAAUUAAUCAGUUCUAUUGAAUCGACUGUGGAAUACUGUAUGUACAUUCGCGUGGAAUCUUACGAUUCUCAUGGUAAAAAUUAUCAUCUGAUCACUUUGGAAAUGUUAAACGACUUUUAAUAACAGAAUAAUCAGUCAUGGAUCCAUGAGGUUCACCGCGGAAGGACGAAGAUUCAAUUGAUAUUCGCCGAAAAGCAUGGCUGCUAACCAUCUGUACUGGUCGUCCUUGGACGUACCCGCCAAAGUAUUCCCGAAAUACGGGCUGUCCUUACAUCUGGAAGAGAACGAACAAACUUAAAACACUCAUCCUAUUUUUCAGAAACAUCAAAGCGUAUACUUAGAGUAUUAGUAUCAAUGAAUUAUUCAAUAAGUGGAGAAUUUUGAUAUUAGUGUCAAUUAAUUUUAAUAAUUGAAGAAUUCUGGUCCAUCCAUAAAAUCAGCUGAUAAUUAUUGUGGGGCAGCCGAUAUUUAAAAAUCAUCUAAUAAUCGUUAUCGCUGAUUUAAAAAAAAAAAACUAGCUGAUAAUUGUUAUGGGCAAGCGA